GGCGCUAUCAUCUUAUCGAAACAAAUUGUGCUUUUUUGUUCUAUUUUUACUUAAUCGUAACUAAAAUAUCAAUUAAAAUUUGUUGUUAACGAAAAGAAUUAGUCUUUUCACGUAUAUGAAAAAAUAAUUAUUUUGUUAUUUAUUAAGAAAGGAGAAAAAUAAAGUGGAUAAUAAUUAAUUAAUGAUUGAGAUAAGCGAAAAAGCGCAAUUUAGAGUUGACUGUACAUAACGUUUAUAAAAAGGUUUCGAUUAAAGACUUUUAUUGUUGUUAUUUAUCUAUUUUAGGCCUUAUCAAAAUUUUCAUUUUUAAACAAGUGUUCGAUAUCAUUAUUAUCUGAUUAUCGAUUAUAAUUCUUUAUCUAUAACAAUAGGAGCUGCAUUUGCUGCAAAACAAAUAGAAAUUAAUGGACAUAAUAUUGUAAUGGGAAUAUGGGACACUGCAGGUAACGAAAGAUAUGAUGCAAUGACAAGAAUAUAUUAUCGUGGUGCUAAAGCUGCAAUAAUAUGUUAUGAUGUUACAAAAUUUAAUACAUUUCAAAAAGCGAAGUUUUGGGUAAGAGAAUUGAGAGAUGUAGAAGAAGAAUGUAAAAUUUAUCUCUGUGGUACAAAAAAAGAUAUUUUAUCAAACACUGAUAUGAUAGCAGUACCAGAUAUAGAUAUUGUAAAAAACUAUGCAAAUGGUAUUCAAGCUAAAUUUUUUUUAACAUCAAGUAAAACUGGAGAGAAUAUUGGUAAGAUCAUAUAUUUGAUCACACUGCUUUUUUUGAAGAUAAACUUAAAUUAUUUAUUUCUUGCAGUGGAAUUAUUUACAGAAAUUGCUAAUGAUUUCUUAUCUGUGCCAGAGAAUUUACAAAAAGUAGAAGAAACAAUUGCUUUAAUAAAUACGCCCAAAACAUCGCAUUGUUGUUAGGCCAUAAAAACAAAAA